AGAGACGACCCAUCCCACCACCCCAGGGUUUUCUCGGCCCUUCUCCUCCUCUGGGCUUCUUCGGAGGUGAAAGAGGCGCGACCCAUCCCCACCGGAUCCCGCACGCGGAAGGAGAACAUACGGUCUAGGGUUUCUUUCGGCCUUCUCUUCCUCUGGGCCGAGCCGAGCUCUGCUUCUUCGGAGGAUAUGGACGGAUCGACGAACAAUAACAAUGAUGGAAUGCCACAGGACUGUAAAAUGGUACAUGGUGACCCCAGUAUUCAUGCCGCCAUGAUGUCCAUGCAGGAAAGUGAGGUGGUGAUUGGAAGGGAAAUGAUCGAUGGCAGUGAUAUGAACAGUGGUAACAAAACCAGUUGUGAUGUUGAGAUGAGUCGAGCAGAUGAAUCUGUGAGAGCUUGUGGCAACGGCACUACCGAGGCAUUAGCACCAACCGCAAGUGAAUUGAUCAAUGGCAGUGAUAUGAGCAGUGGUAACAAAACCGCUUCUGAUGUUGAGAUGAGUCGAGCAGAUGAAUCUGUGAGAGCUUGUGGCAACGGUACGACCAAGGCAUUAGCACCAACUGCAUCAAGUUGCAACACCAAUGAGAAGCCCACGACAUCGGACCAUUUCACCCUUGAGACUGUUUCUGAAGAAUGCAAGGAAAUCCGUUGCAACCGUUGCUGGAAAACUUUUGCAUACAUCUCUGGCUCAAAAGUCAGAAGUGCUAGUCAUCUGAAGAGGCAUGUGUACUCAUGUCGUGGAAGUGGAACAAAAAGCCUAGGACGGCCUUCAAUAGGCGGGAGAGACAGAGACAGUCGUAGCAGUAGUUUCCAAAUUGAGGCGCCUGAUGGUCAUAAGAAGGAUGAAGAAACCAAAGCCAAAAUUCAGUAUACAAGGCCUAUUCCGUUUCCUCUUAAAUGUCCGGGAUAUGCAGUCGUAGACAUGAAGGGCAGCCCGCACAAUGUCUGGCUGCGUUGGCGCAGAGCUAUACUCACUUUUCGUCUGUGGUGUUUCAAUACGAGUGACCAGAGGUAUCAGUUUGGGCAUCCUCACAAGCUGAGCUGCGUGCUUCCUAAGUCGGGCCAUUUCUUAUUCUAUUUCUGCAUCGGCUCAACAAAUUGGCUUUGCGCCGUUAUUGAUGGUCCUUCCGGUUACCUCGAUGGCUACAUCACAAGGAGUACUGGAAAGCACUAUGAACUCAGGGUCAGGGAAAAUCAAGCGAAGGUACAGAAGGGACAGAAGGGACAGAAGGGACAGAAGGGUCCACAACCACGUCUUAUUGAGAAAGCAAAGGAGCUACCUUGGCCUGGAACUUAUUCCGUUGGUUCAUCUUGCAGGCUGGGCUUUCAUGGCUUGUUUUGGUCAGUCAAGACUAUGCAUCAGUUCGUUGAGACAGGCUUAGAUAAUGGUUUCGUGGAGCGUGCCGGCCAAACCAUUAUAGUGCAUACUUCCGAGGCAGGCAGGUCUGAUAGUCUAAUGGAGGACAUCGAUGACUGUUUCUGUUCGGACGAUGCACAUCGCUUAGGCUCGGAAAGACUUGGGAAAGCCCAGAACUGGUCAAACGACUCUCGAGAUGCACAGUUGGAAAUGGAAGAUAUAACACCUUGCAAACAUGACAGAGCCAAUGGAUCCAAACGAAAAUCUGUUUCUGAUGAAAAUGAGGCACAGACACCUGAAAUGGUGAAGGCAGUUGAAUCUAUUGAGACAUUCAGACUUUUCCAUCGUCCGAAACAUGAGCAUGGCAAAUUUUUGCUGGAUAAUAUGCCCAUAAAACUCUCCAGUAGUGGUCCAGUUAAUUAUCAACGGAAACCUGACUUGGACCUUACUUCUGCGAGAUUUCUGACCGAGAGAUUCAAAUACAAGAGCCCCAUUUUAAGAGAGGACUUGGACAACAAGAACAAGACAAUCAAAACCAAGUUUCAGCCUGCUAGUGUCAAGCCACCAGCUGUGGAACUGGAGCGUCUAGAAGAACAUGAAGCUAAUGAGGCUAAGGAAAGUGUUACACAGGAAAUGGGUGUAUCUUUUGAGAUACAUGGUGCUGACACUUCUGUUUCGUCCUCACCAACUGCUAGUGUCAAAUUUACAAGGCCAGUAGACAGUUACUCAGAUAUUAUGAGGGGUGCUGGGAUAGAUGCUGCACCUCAUGAUUUGAAUCUGCUUGAUUGUAACUCUUACAUGACGGUUGAUCGAAGGCCUCAGCCAAUGAAACAUAAGCAGCUCUUCAAUGGACAUUAUUCUGGUCUUCGCAACCUGCACGGCGUAACGUGCUACAUGAAUUCGACAUUACAAUGUCUACGUGCUAUUCCGGAGCUUAAGGAAGCGAUCAAAAGUUACCCUGAUAAUGCGGAGGGUGCUUCGGUUGAUGGUGCACACCAUAAUUUGACCCUUGCAGCCCGGGACAUUUUUCUGAGGCUUGAUCAAAGUGAUGGACCAGUAAAAACUGAACAAUUCUUUGAGAUGCUAUUGACAGCUCAUCCUCAGUUUUCUGAACGGCAUGAAGGUGCAUACAUGCAGCAGGAUGCACAAGAGUUCUGGUCACUGUUUCUUGAAACAUUGUCAGCAACUCUUCCAUCAAAAGGAAGUGAGCCUACCACUGACUGGAUGAAGAAAAUGUUUCAGAUUGAUUGUGUGACGAGGACAAAUUGUGUAGAAAGUGGCGAAACUGGCUCCAAGCCAGAUUCAAGUUAUAUCCUGACGUGUACUUUAGCAAAUGAUAUACAAAAUAUCCAACAAGGACUGAAGCGUGGUAUGCGUACUGAAGUCACGAAGCAUUCUCCAUCGUUGCAACGCGAUGCUAUUCAUAUAAAUGAGGCAUACAUAAAUCAGUUACCAAGAUAUCUAACAGUACGACUACCGAGGUUAGAUUGGCAAAAUACAGCACAAAGCCCCAUCAAGAUUUUCCAGAAAGUCGAAUUUCCAACUGAACUGGAUAUGCAUGACUUAUGCUCUAUUGAACUAAAGCAAAAGAUUCAAGCUUCUAUACAGGCUCUGGAACAUUCCAGCAUGGAUGUUGAUCAUGUUGAUUCUUCAAAACCUGAGAAAGCAUUAACUGCGAUAUACGAUUUAGUGGCUGUCCUGACACAUCAGGGCCGGAGCGCACUUUUUGGGCACUAUGUUGCCUGGGUCAAGCACCAAAGUGGACGCUGGAUACAGUUCAAUGAUCAUGUUACAUCGCUACAUGACGAAAGUGAGGUUCUGAGCCUAUGUGGUGGCAGCGAUCAAGACAAGCACACGGCCUAUAUCUGUGUUUACAAAGCUCGCUUAGUUUGAAUCAUGGUUGAUACAAAGCUCGCCACAAUUUGCAAGAACUUGAGGGAGGGAUGGAGGCAGCAGGUUCAGUGGCUGAAUCUGAUACCGGCAACAUAAUUUGCUAUGGAAGCCGGACUCUGUGAGGAUUUCCUCAACAAGUUGUCACCAUUACAAUCAUGUUAAGCUACAUUGAGGAUUUCAGGUGCACUCCAUCUGGUGUGUCAUGCUCAUUACUAGUGCUACUUGUAUGAAUUACCUAGUUAUGUAUGUAUGUUUGUUUUUCAUUUCACUGCUUUAUGUAUGUCAUCUUCUCUGCGAUCUAACAUUGUAUGCUGUUGUCAAGGUAAUUCAAAUAUGAUGCCUAGUUUGGGAUUGAAAUUUUGAGCACACUCAGGUGUUGUGAUGGAUGAACACUGCAAAACUGAAAACGAAAUGGCAUUCUUAAUCUGAAGUGAUGUGUAAUACACUCAUCAUGCUUAUGCUUAAACAAAGAGGAACACUGGUCUCUUUUUGAGUGUGCUGAAUGAACCCUUGCGCAUUCUGAAUUUUUCAAAGCUUGGCAAUCAUGUGAGACAUUUAGUUUCUGAGGAUGGAAAAGACAACACAGCUGGUCAAAAUGCCAGGUGCAGCAUCAAGGUAGUGAACUUUGUGGCUCCAUCUGGACAUAUUUCAUUACAUAGACUAAUAGGGGGCAGCAAAACAUUUUUAAACCGAGUCAGGCAAGCAGGGGUUGAACGUCUGCUAUCAAGGUUGCAGGUUCUGAGGUGUGCUCGUUGUCCGUUUGUCUGAGGUGGGGCAACAAAGACAAUCAGCAGUCUGUAUCGUAACCAGGAGAACAUCCCUUUCCUAAUUUUAGUGCUGAGCAUCAUCUUUACACUGUUUUCUCAUCAUUUUUGUGCCAUUUACUUGCACUCCUAUCAUAAUAUAUUUGUUAUUAUUGAAUGCUACAAUGAUUAAUAUGUCCAAAUGCACAGUUUUACAUUCUCUGAAGUAUGUUGCAGAACAAUGCGACAAGGCACAAAAUUCUUCUAAAAAGGAUCAGGAGAUGAAGUGCUUCUGCUGCAUCAAUACGUCAAAGGACCUAGCGUGAAGAAAAGAAGUAACCAGGCGUCCUCUACACCAAGUCAUGGAGUAUUCAGAUACAGUAAAGUAACAUGGAGUUCCUCAAGAUGCUAUCAAGUGCAUGUUGUUCACAUUCUCUCUACGAGAUGAUGCUCGUGCUUGGUAUCAUCCUUGCCAUCAAGGUCAUACAGUUGGAAUGAGAUAUCACAAGCUUUCUUGGAUAAAUAUUUCCCAUUACAUAAGCAGUCCGCGAUUCGAAAUGGGAUCUUCAACUUCGUUCAGCGUGAAGGCGUGAGCUUGUAUGAUGCUUGGGAGAGAGAAGGCUUUAUUCAGGAAAUGUCCUAAUCAUGGGUUAGAGAAAUGGUUAGACCUACAUAUAUAUUCUAGAGGAUUGACUUUGGACACUCAAUCCAAUGUAGAUAUGGUAGCUGGUGGAUAUAUUACAAACAAGACACUUGAUGAUGCUUUUCUGCUAAUUGAGAACAUGGCUUUCCACCAACUUCAGUGACACAAUCAGAAGCCCAAAUCAGAUUCAUUGGUUUGCUUGCAGCAAAUUACUUCACCUCAGCAACCAAUUCUUACACAAAAGCCUGAACCACUUUCUCACUGUGACAAGAUUGAGCUUGCAUGGAUUAUCUUUGACGAUGAUGAUACCCUUCUAGUUGACACAAAUACUACAGAUAAUAGGGGCACUAGUGAUGGAGAUUUAAUUUUUCAUUUUCAUGAUCCUUUCAUGGAUGAUCCAGAGCUGCAGUCAGUUUCUAUUGAUGCUGAGGAGUCACCUUUAGUAGAUACAUGUGCUGCUAGAACCAGAUAUGGAGAAGUUUGCCUUCGAUGAUGUUAGCCACAUUGAUUCCUCAACACUUAGCCUGAGAUGGGGAUCUUCAUUGUGAUUAUAGUGUGGCAGCUUCAGAUGUCAAGGAGCUAAGAUCUAUUAUUUCAUUUGUUGAAACGAACCCUGUGGAAGUUUCCACUACAAUGCAUUCCAUGGCAUCUUCCAUUGAGGUAGUCCUAAAACUUCUCCCUAACUAUCUCAGGUAUGAUCUCAGCUUUCUCCACAAGGUAUCUCAUACCAUUAAUACUGCCUGUGCACCAUUUGAUUUAUUAAGGAUAUCUGUUUAUGAUAUGCUUAUAUGAUAGGGUACUCUAUUGAUUCCUUAGGGGGCAUUGUCCCUAUCACUUGUAUUGGCUUGUUUGUCUAGUGUUCUUGCAGGUUUACGCUUGUGCACCAUUCACUUUGAGCUGACCAAGUUCGAGAUGAUGUUCCUUGGGACCCUGGUGGAUUCAGAGCACUGUGAUGAGGAGAAGCAAUGGACACACACGAGGAAGAGAUAAGCUGGAGCCUGCAUAAGGAUAGAAAAGCAAAAGGAGAAGAGCUGCAGUUUGCAGAAAGUUAGAGAGUGAUCAAGCGCAUGCUACAUUAGGAAAGCCUGGUGAGCUGUUUCAUGACCCUUACUGAACAUGAUUAAUACAUCCUCAAAUCAAUCUUGUGAAAUUGCUAUUUGCUUGAUUCAAUUCUUAAUGUUGUCAUGCUGAAUUUUACCUCCACAUUUUGUGCUUGAUGUGAAUAAGCGAACCAAGAUUACCGAAUGCCUUGUAAACUUAUGAUCUACACAAUGCCUGCUUUGCUGAAAGUAGUAAAAGCUAAUUGUUCAAGUGCUCAAAUCCUUAGUACACUGGUAAACUGCAUCAUUUUCUGCUUUCACUCCGAUACACCUAGAUCAUUAAGUUCAAAUGCUGAGUUUGUGCCAAUUGUGUUCCCAUUCGAAGCCAUCACUUAACAACUUUAGGUUAGCAUACUAUGUUCCCUGGAACGGCAGUAUGUGAACCAAAUGUGGUCUAGUGAAGAUUCUUGUAUCCUUGUAUUAUUUCUUUGUUUGAUAAGUGGUACUGAAUCAUCCUAUCUAAUCUUGCAAACAGUAGUAUGCCAUGGUCCUGGGAUCGGUGACAUGUGAAAUCUGGUAUGAUUGGGUAUUUACUUUCCUUGCUAAAUAAAUGAAUAAAUUUAAGCCAGUAACUAGUUUGACCUAGAGGAUGUCAUGAUCAGGAUCGGUGGUAUGUUCUUAUGGGAGACUAGUUAUCAAAAUAUAAAUAAAUGGUUAAGCCACUAAAUAGUUAAACCUGGUGUAUAUCAUGAUCUCGGGAUCGGUGUUAUGCUCUCAUGGUGAAAUUGGUUGGUUGGUUCAAAUUUUUGCUGUUAAAUAAAUGGUUCAACUGCAAUGUUUUAUUCUUUCUAAUAAGUGACUGUGUCACAUGAUAUUCAAUUUUAUUUCAUGUAUUUGGUAGGAUCAGGCUCUCUUUAGGAUCUUUCCACACAAUCAAACAUUUGAACUUGUUAAUCUUCUUUUAUCAGUGUAAAUUUUAAAAUGAUCGAGUUUACUAUUGCUCUGUAGCACUUCUAACCAACGGUUUUCACUAGCAAAGUCCAAAGCAAGCAAUGUUCGGAGACAUACUUUACUUAAUUCACGGUUCACUAUCUAGCCUUUGUCGGUGUGUCUUUACUUGAGGACAGGUAAAAGUUCAAGUGUUGGGGUAUGAUGAGCAUCAUCUGCAUCAAUACGUCAAAGGGCUUGAGCGUGAAGAAAAGAAGUAACCAGGGUGUCCAAACUAAAGAUGGAGGGAUCAUCUUUGACAAAAAGAAGAAAAGAGAAGGGGCAAAAUGGAAAUGUGUGAAGAUCAGAUCGAGAGGGGUAAAACCCCUAUUGACCCCUUUUGGACCUGGCCCUUCUCCUCUUCUUCCACGCAAACUCCUCCAACCCCGUCCGCCGCCACGGCCAGUCAGACGUGGUGGCACGCCACCACCACAUCACCAUCAGGAGCUCCUCGCUGCUCCAUCGAUGAGCCCCUUGCUGCACCUCGUCUUCCACCUCCUUACGCCACCGAUCUGAAGCUCUUCUUCCCAAUCUUGCUGCUGCUCCUCUUCACCUAGGAAAUGACCACCUUACUUCUACUCUUCUGCGACCUCUGUUGCUGCUGCGCCUCUCCUUGCACCCAUGUUGCUCCUCCUCUUCACCAUCAGCACGAUGACGACGACGCCAGCUGCCUCUUCUACACCAUUUUGUGUUGUUGCUGCCGUUCUCUCUCUAAAUUUUCUGUGAACUUGAGAUGUGUAAUGUUCAGAUUUGAUAAAGUGCUUGCAACAUGCUAUUUGUUUAGUUUCGCACUUGUAAAAUAUAGUGCGUGUUUUGUGUGAACUGACUAGUUGAUGCUUUGUUACUUUGGGAAGUAAUUCAUCUAUCAGAUUUUGUUUAUGUGAA